GCGACGCAGAGGAGUUUCCGUUAUCCAUUCCUCUUCUCUCUCUCUGUGAACAUAUUUAUAGCUUCCUCCCUCUAAAUUCUUCGGAGAUUUUUUCUACCAGAUCAAAUCAGGGUUUUGCCAAAACUCUUCUGUGUCAAUCCAAUUGUUUUAGUCAUGGAUUCUGAUUCGAUUCGCAACGCUUCGAUCCCUAUGGUGGCUUCUAACGCCAGAGAUUUCGCCAAGAAAAAGCGGACGAAUAGGUCGGCCAAAUUGAAGCAAUGCAAGCUUGAUGCUCGUCGUGAGCAGUGGCUUUCUCAAGUGAAGAGUAAGGGAGAUAACGAAAAAUCGAGCGGUUGUGGAGGGAAUCGUUCACUGCUGGUUCAGGUGGGAAAGGAGAGGGGCCGAUCCGUGGAGAAUUUGGAGAUUAAUCCUAUAGGUGAAGAGAAUUACGGGUCGAUGAACCCUUACAGUGAUUCAGAGUCGCCCUCGAACAGUCCCACCAGUCACACCAGUAGUGCCUCAGGAGGUAAUGAUUCUGGGUCCAGUUUUACUGGGAGCGGUAGGAAUAGCAGCAGCAGCAGUGGAGGGUGUUGUUCAGGAAGCAUAACAGAAGAAGAAGAAGGUGAUGAUGGGUGCUUGGAUGAUUGGGAGGCUGUUGCUGACGCUUUAGCCGCCACUGAUGACAUGCAAAAACAGCACACUCCUAAUUUUAAUUCAGAGGUGCUUCCCAAGCAUGAGAAUGAAAAUGUUACCCGAUCGGAUUCUCCAUUGCCAAAAUUUAACGACCGGCCUGCUUCACAUAUUGAUAUUUCGAAGCCAAAGCCAGAUUGUGUAAGAAUCAUGCAGAGAGCUCCGGCAAAUUGUAGGGCUUGGAGACCAGAUGAUGCUUUUCGUCCUCAGAGUCUGCCCAAUUUAUCGAAGCAGCACAGUUUCCCCUUGAAUUCUGACCGGCAUUAUCGUCAUGGAAGAAAUCCAUGGGGUAACAAGCUUGUGUCUGCACCAUCAUCAUGCCCGAUAUGUUUUGAAGAUUUGGAUUUCACUGACUCAAGUUUUUUGCCUUGUUCAUGCGGGUUCAGGCUUUGCCUUUUCUGCCACAAGAGGAUUCUCGAGCAGGAUGCACGAUGUCCAGGUUGUAGGAAGCAGUAUAAAUGUGAUUCUUUAGAGGGAGAAGCAUCCUUGGAUGGAGGCAGCCUGACAAUUCGGUUAGCUCGUUCUUGCAGCAUGAUCACGAGGUCUUAG